AUGGGGUGCAGUUGGCAGGACAACGUGGGUAACCGACAGUUACACCACAUGCAGCCGUUGCCCAUCAGACUGCUGCUGCCCACGGUGCUGCCCAUGCUGCGCCUGAUGCUGCAGUCGAUGUUCCGCGGGGACGGGAGCGCCUUCGAGCCACCGCCGCACGUGUACGAACAGUACGACUUUGUCAUUGUCGGGGGAGGCACCGCAGGAUGUGUGAUGGCGGCGAGGCUCUCGGAGGUGCGGGAGUGGAAAGUCCUUCUUCUGGAGGCAGGCGGCGUCCCGACCCCCGAGACGCGCGUCCCCGGGCUCAGUCGCCUCUUCUACUUCCCCAGCGCCGUCAACUGGAACUACGAGUUGGCGCCCCAGAGGCAUGGCCUCAGGAACUACGAUAACAGGAGCAGCCCCGUUCCCCAAGGGCGUGUCCUCGGCGGGUCCUCCUCCAUCAACGGCAUGCUGUACGUGCGGGGCAACAGGCGCGACUUCGACAACUGGGCGGCCCUCGGGAACCCCGGCUGGAACUACGAGUCGGUCCUUCCGUACUUUAAGAAGUCGGAGGACUACCGCGGCCCGCACCGUGGGGAAACAGAGCACUACCACGGGCGCGGCGGCCCCUACACCGUGACCCCGAAGGAAGGGCCUCACCUGCCCAUCACCGGCGCCUUCCUCAGGGCCGGGCAGCACCUCGGCUUCGACGUGAUCGACCCCAGCGGCCCUGAGCAGAUCGGUUUUGCGCCCACCGAGUAUGUCACGAGGAAUGGCGAGCGUUGGUCCACCGCCCGCGCCUACCUUCAGCCCGCCGCCCGCCGCCCCAACCUGCAUGUGGUGCACUCCGCCUUUGCCAUGAAGAUUAUAUUCGACAAGAAAAAUAGAGCGGUUGGGGUCGUCUACAAACAUAACGAUCAGAUUAAAACUGUUUACGCUCGUCGGGAAGUGAUUCUCUCAACAGGCGCUUUAGUCUCGCCCAAACUGCUCAUGCUGUCUGGCGUCGGAGCCAGACAGCAGCUACGUCAACAUGGGAUCAAGGUGGUCGCCGACCUGCCCGGCGUCGGCCAGAACCUACAGGACCACACGUGCCUCUACGGCCUCACCUGGAAUGUGGAUGUACGGACGCCCAACGUGGCUUUCGAGGCGGUCAACCCCGGGGUCAUCAGGCAGUACGCGAGCGAGAGGAAAGGACUGUACACAACGCCCCUGGGGGAGUUCGGUCACGCGUGGUCCCGAGUGUCCGGCGAAGGGGACCCGUACUGGCCCGACGUUCAGCUGUUCAUGGUAUCGUCCGGCCUCGGCCAGGAGGGGCUCAUGGCCUCGCACGCUCUCGGGCUCAACUCUGCGAGGUUUAUGGAGUACUUCAGCCCCCAAUUCGGCCGGCCUGGGCUCACGAUGAUGCCCUACCUGAUGCGUCCCAAGAGUCGAGGCGCCGUCCUGCUGAAGUCGAGGAACCCCUUCGACGCCCCGAUCGUCGACCCGAACUACCUGAGUCACCCUGAUGACGUCGACACCCUGGUCAACGCCAUUAAAUGGGCGCUGAAGGUCGGCAAAACCCCGCCUUUCGCCAAGGGCCUCGGGGCCAAGUUCUACUCCAGGCCUUUGCCGCAGUGCCAGGCGAAGCCCUAUGGCUCCGACGCCUACUGGAGGUGCUUCGUCGUCCACAUGGCUACGACUUUCUACCACUUCGGCGGCACGUGCAAGAUGGGACCCGAAUCUGACCCUUACAGCGUACUGGACGAGCAGCUAAGAGUCCGUGGUGUGUACGGUCUGCGUGUGGUCGACGGCUCGAGCAUGCCUGUUGUGACGUCAGGGAACAUCAUGUCCGCGAUCGUCAUGAUGGCGGAGAAGACGUCAGAUCUCAUCAAGAGCGAAUGGGCACCGGCUGCCUAG